UUAUCAAUAUUAAGUGAUCUAAAACUGAGUAAAUUAAAUUGGAGGCCAUCUCGAUUGGAACUUGAUCGAACUCCAUCAGAAUCUAAUCAGUCAUUCUUUAUGAUGUUUCAGUUGAAACUGAUUUAGUUUCGUUCACAUCCCAGCCAACUAAUCGUAUGAAAUCAUUAUCCAACGAGGUCAUUUUUAAUAUUGAAAUGGAUUAACAGGAGAAGCUAGCCAUCCAAAAUGAAAAGAGACGGUUAUAGCAAGAAAGAUCAAGUCUGGCAGUAGCUGGCUUCUUUGUGAACGGCUGAAACUCCUCCGCCAUGAGCGGCUUUUGCAUAUUUUAUAAUAUAUUUAUUUAGAAAAAAUUUACCAGUAACACGUCACUUUAUCCAUUAUUUAUCUGCAACUGCAAGACAAAGCUAUUACAAGUUCGUCUGCUUUGGUGCAAAACGAAGAGUAUUCGACAACUGAUUUGAGAAUCGUAUUCGGUCUUUCAAUUUCUAGAAAUUGAAUUAUUAAAUCUUUUCAGCGACUAACAGCGCGUUUGAUAACAUAGAAGCUUUCAUCAGUGUUCUGCAGUUCAGUCGACAAUCAAAGAUGACUAAAAGUUGCUUCAAGAUAGAGCAUGAUUUUCAAAAAAGGCGCGCCGAGGCUGAAAGAAUUAGAGAUAAAUAUCCAGAUAGAAUUCCUGUGAUUGUGGAGAAGGCUGAGAGAAGUGAUGUUCCCUCUAUUGACAAGAAAAAAUUUUUAGUACCGGCUGACCUGACAGUUGGUCAGUUUGUUUACGUGAUACGGAAGAGAAUUAAACUGAGUGCAGAAAAGGCAAUCUUCAUAUUUGUUGACAGUGUCCUCCCACCUGCAGGAGCAAUAAUGUCUACCAUUUAUGAUGAAAAGAAGGAUGAAGAUGGAUUUCUGUAUGUGACAUACAGUGGGGAAAACACAUUUGGUUCAUAGAUGCUGCAAUAGCCUCGGUGCUUUCUUCUGGUAUCUGUGCUUUUCUUAUGCUUGUAUUUAUUUCCUGCAUUUCCUUCCGGUUAUAUUCCCUCACCUUUCUCCACCAGUAUGGUUAUACUUUGUAUAGAGCUGGCUUUAUCUGCACAAACUAUGUGGUAUCAUAGCUGUGAAUAAUUAAUUCCCGGAUGGUUCCGAUAAAUUUGCUAAUUUUAAUAUAAAAAAUAAUUUAUCGCUGAA